CCUCAUGAAAAUCCGCCCCGGCGCACCCGCUCUUUCCAAAGGGCGCGAAUACGCCGCCAGUUUCUAAGGUUAUGUUCAGGUUAUGCUCGGCCGUGUUGCGCCGGCGAUUAAAUGGGAAAUAAUCGACAGCGGUGAAUGACACGAAUGCGGACGAGGGCGAAUUCGACGGCACGUUGACGCGACCGACACCGCGGGCUGAGGACAACCCGGGGAUUCGGGACGGGAUGGAGUCCGACGACGUGUGUCAGGACGGGAGCGACAACGACGCAAAGGAUUGCGCGAGUCUUUUGACGUCAAUCCCGAUAGUGAGCAAGCUGUUCGACGUGCACUGCAAGGUUGGGAAGGGCGCGUUUAGCUCCGUCUUCCUGGCCACCCUAAGGUCUUCCGACGGACGUAAGAAAUUUGCGUUGAAACAACUGAUUCCCACCUGCCAUCCCGACAGGAUCAAACGUGAAUUGCAAUACUUGCAGAAAUUAGGAGGGGAAGACUACAUCGUUGGAUUAGACCUUUGCCUGAGGCAUCGCAGCUCCGUUGUGUUCGUAAUGCCGUACAUGAGGCACGACAAGUUCCUGGACUACGUCCAAGAGAUGACUGUCGAAGAGACGAGGGAUUACAUAAGGGCACUACUGACCGCUUUACGAAGAGUUCACAAGUUUAAUGUCAUACAUAGGGACGUGAAGCCUAGUAACUUUCUUUACGAUCGUAUAAAUAGAAGGUAUUUGCUAGUGGACUUUGGUCUCGCGCAAGAAAGCCAGGUGGAGAAACUGAAACAAAUGGCCGCGACAAAUAUUGCUGCUAUUGACCCUGGAACAUACGGUGUAAAGCGGAAGAGACUCAACGAAAACAAUGGAAGCCUCCAACUUGACUUUACUGCCAAGAGAACCGUGAAUUCCAAGUGCCAUUGCUUUGGGAAGCCCAAAGUGUGCAUGACGUGUUUGAGAGAACCGGAACAAAUGGCGCAUCGUGCGGGCACACCUGGAUUUCGUGCACCGGAGGUUUUAUUGAAGCACCUCUUACAAACGUCAGCGAUUGAUAUCUGGGCCUGUGGCAUAAUAAUGCUGUGCAUACUCAGUGGUUCGCAACCGUUCUUUCGCUCACCCGACGACUGUACAGCUUUAGCGGAAAUUACAACGAUAUUCGGCUCUAAAGAAGUACAAAAGUGUGCGCAAAAAUUAGGUAAAAAAGUUAUCUUUAGUGAAAAUUUACCAGGCGUGGACAUUGUGUCUUUGUGCUUAAAAUUAAGACAAAGAAACAAAAUGAUGUACGAUACAGAGAAUAGAAUACAUAAGGUACCACCAGAUAUCCAAUACCCCAAGGAAGCGUACAAUCUUUUGAUGAAACUUCUAGAUCUAGAUUACAAGACACGUAUUACCGCAGAGCAAGCGUUGGCUCAUCCAUUUUUGAAUUCGUGAUACAUUGAUGCAUGUCUCGGAUAUGUUAAUGCAGGUGUUUUACAACAUUUGAGAGGAAACACUUCUAUAAUUGUUAUUAUUUCGUUAAAAUUACAGCUUUAGUUUAUUACGUUGUUUAAAUUGAAAUUUUUGUUAAGAUUUUUCGAGCUAACAAAUUUGUAAGUAAAUUUAAAAAAUUAAACAUUUUUAAUACUUUCUAAAAAGAAGAAUGAAAAAAUUUAACAUUUUCUAACAGCAAAUUUUUAUAAAAGACUUGUAAAUGUGUUCAUGUUGGCUUUUACUGCAUGGCAUAACUGCAACAAAAUGUACAAUAUUAUCUCUAAGUAUGUAAUAUUAUAUUUAAAUAUAUUCUCAUACAAA